CCCCAGGACCGACCAAAAACACGACAUGCGUCUUAAACUCUAAGAGCCACAACUAUAUAUGUUGAUGGCGUUUCAAAAUGGUCAAUAGCUGAUCGUGCAAUCUACGCAUACCAAUCAAGCACAAGCCCUGCCGCCUCCUCUUGUUCUUCAUUUCCACUCUGAACUCCACUACCAACGUGAAGUGAAGGCACAGCAUGUCGCGGCAGUGGAUUUCUCGAUGAUAAUCCGAAUUACGGUCAAAUACUGCUCCAUUAUACUCGUGGAAGCCGCCCCGUCUCGUUCGUCAAGGCCGGCCGCCGAGUUCUGCUGAGCAGCAGGAAAUAGGCGCUUGGAGGCAUACGUCGAUUCGAUACCCUUACGAACGGAAUACGCCCUCAACAAAGUCGACCGCCUUACGGAUAACUUUGCGCAAUCUAUACACGGCACCUGCAAAUUUCUAGCUGGUAGAAGAUAUGGCUGGUAACGGAGCAAGCGACCGCCUUGGCAAUAUUCCAGUGCUUGCGGAGACAAACACCCAGACACCAGACCAGAACACAUCACAUCCGACCUCGACAUCACCCUCCAAAACGAGUCGUUUGGCGGAACCUCUUCUACCGCCCUUUAAGGAGAUCCCUAAAGAUACUUUUCCGAAUGUCGAGAGCCCAACAACCCCACGGCGAAUGCCUUUUCCUCGACCGCCGUCCUUGCAGAUGCCUCAGAAGGACCUCGCCAAUUUAGAAUCUGCCUACAGUCGAAUUCCUCUUUCUCCAAAGCUUGACCCGGCAGAUUCGUAUGGAUCCCCAGUUAUACCGCGACGUUCACGAGGCCUAGACUUCUCCCGGGCUGCAACAAAUCUACACCAUUCUACACUGGCGGAGCAAUCGUCCCCUGAUUCCUCACCUACUAUCACAGGGAGAGCAAUGAAUAUACCCGGCAGGCGAAGGAGUGGGCAAUUCUCCUCCGAAACAUCUGGCGCCUCUCAGUGGUCUUUUAGGCCACCGGGAGAUCGAACAACGAUCUCGAGCUCUCUCGGAAGUGUUAACAUGCUAUGUUCAGAGUCAUCUGACAGCACCUCUGACGAGGAGCUUAUGGAUACAGAUGACAUUGAUGAUUCGAUCCUCACCACACCCCAGGUUGCCACCCGGAUGCCGAUGGGCCUGAAUAUUUGGUCACAGCCACACCCUAGCCCAGGGAACAACUGGAUGAACCAGUCUCCAGCCGCUAGUAGCUUGAUCAACUUCCAGAGGGCGAGGAUGCGCAAUGGCAAGAGCAAAAAAGGAUCAAGCAGCUCAAGCUCAAGAGCUAGUCCCAUGUCAAGGUCGCCACCUGUCGGGGGCUCUGAUGCCAUGAACAACAGCCAAUUUGCAAAAGACCUUCCGUCAGGCACGCAGUCAAGGAGGGAAAGUAUCAGCUGGGCGGCAAACCAACUACACAUUGAUGGUAGUGAAAGUGAUGAUGGCACUCUGAAGAGCACAUUGGAGAAUCCAGAGAAUCUUCCAACUACUCCAGCAAGAGAUGGACAGAGGGGAGUCAUAAGAAGAGCCGUGACGAGACGAGGCAACAUGCUCCCCAAGACGAAGGGAUUUGCAAGAAUACGAGCAGCGUUAGCAGAAGAAGGCGCACCUGUCGAAACUGAAGUUCGCCGCGAGGCUACUGUAAUCCGGCAAGUACGUGAAAACGACAUGGACCUCGAGCCAUCACGACCCCGAGCUUUAUCAACCGCCACUCUGUCAUCCCCAUCCGUUCGCCCUUCGCAAGGUGAUGGCUUGGAGGACGCAUUGGCGGAUGACAUGAUCAGCCUUGCGAAUAGCAAUGCUGGAGGCAGCUUCAAGCAGCAGGUUGUGCGCAAUUCGAAGGGCCCGGAGUUCUGGGAAGGCUUCGAAGACCGCAAGUACCGCACUCCACCACCUUAUUUUCCAACUCGCGAAUCAGCGUCGACCGUGAGCGAUGAUAUCUCAAUGGAUUCCCAGGCAUUUAGCCUAGGCAACUUCUCUAUGCCGUCACAAGCUCGCGAUGCUACUGAUACACAGUCGCAAGGACCGUCUGCAUCGCCGACACGUGCAACGACUCCAAUACCAGCGGCGAUUGAUAUCCGACGUGUUAAUAACAAGCGUCGCAGGGAUGACGAUUUUGACCCCAUGUCCUUCAAAAGACGAGCUGUGUCGCCAGGGAUGUCCGUACACAACAGCCCUGUGAUACAGAGUCCGAUGCAAAGGGAUGGAAAUCCGUGGGGCACAAGACCACCUAGCAACGGUGGCUCGGACAAAGGCGCGAUUGAAUCACAGUCCAGCGGACGCCACGGUGGGACGAAGCGUGUGGGCCUCCAAGGGAUGACUGAUACGAAUGAUAGUUUGAUGAACAUGAGCAUUGAGUAGGAUUGUUUCGGUGAUGGAUGGGUUUGGGCGAACAGACUGCACUAUGGAGUUACAAGGCAUGGUGUCUGCUAGGGUAUAUUGCUAUUUGAGUUCCCUUAUAUGGGUCUCGAAGUAGCUAGCUCAUAAAGUUUGUAGAGCAUAGAUAGCUUAUAUUUUGAGCGCAAUUUUGCUACCUGACAUUCACAUGUCUAUUGCAAAUCCACAUCUAUUUCACUCUGCUAUUAUCGAGCUACCGUAACGAUCCCCCCAUGGACAGAACAUAGCAUAAUGUCUCUCAGUGCCCAAACCCAAUUUCAACCUACUUCGUCGUUUCUGAGGCAUGAGUUGGAAUGAAAGCUAACCAUGAAUAAAAUGCAG